GUAGAAUCGAACCGUUUCGUUUGUACCAUCACAUAUUUGAAUGAUUACCUUUACACCUCUGUCGGGGGCCGCCUGUUCACAACGUACGACGCCCUCAGCUUACCUACUCCAAGUCGACGAUGUUAGGAUACUUCUUGAUUGUGGAUCUCCCGACUGGGUUCCAGAGCCCUCGACGUCAGCGACAACGGAGGAGGAUAUCGAGUACUCAUGGGAGCCAUAUUGCAAGGCAUUGAUGGAAUGCGCGCCAACUGUUGAUCUCGUCCUUCUUUCCCAUGGUGACCUCGCACACUCUGGCCUGUAUCCAUAUGCAUACUCUCGUUGGGGCUUGAAGGCUCCUGCAUAUACGACGUUGCCGGUUCAAGCCAUGGGCCGUAUCGCUGCUACUGAGGAUGUUGACGGUCUUCGAGACGAGCAGGAUAUUGGUGACGAAGGCCAGUCUACCAGUAACGACGUGGGCGAUGUGGAUGCUGUACAAGAGCCACAAACUCCCCCACCAGAGGACAUCAAACGAAAGGGCAAAUAUAUCGCUACAUCGCGAGAAGUACACGAUGCUUUUGAUUCUGUCAAUACGCUUCGAUACUCUCAACCCACUCAUCUACAAGGAAAAUGCCAAGGCUUGACAAUUACGCCGUACAAUGCUGGACACAGUCUCGGAGGAACGAUAUGGAAGAUUCGCUCGCCUUCCUCAGGCACAAUAAUAUACGCUGUGAACAUGAACCACAUGAAGGAACGUCAUCUUGAUGGAACGGCGCUCAUGAGGGCUGCCGGUGGGAUUUUUGAGCCUCUCUCAAGACCAGAUCUUCUCAUUACAGAUGCCGACCGCGCAUCUGUGCUCACAAGUCGACGAAAAGAUCGUGACGCUGCCUUGAUUGACACUGUCACAGCAACCCUUUCAUCUCGAUCAUCCCUACUGCUGCCCUGUGACUCCAGCACUCGCGUCCUUGAACUCUUGGUCCUCCUCGACCAACAUUGGAAUUACUCACGCCUAAGAUAUCCCAUAUGUUUCCUUUCAAGAACGGCCAGUGAAAUGUUGACAUUUGUUCGAAGUAUGAUGGAAUGGCUCGGGGGCACGGUCAGCAAGGAAGAUGUAGGCGAGGAUGGCACUGGCGGGCGUCAAGAUCAUAAGCGCAAACGGGAUGAUGAUGGUGACGAAGAUGCUCUCGGCGCCUUCGCACUAAGGUUUAGGCAUCUAGAAUUUUUUCCGAGUCCUCAGGCUCUGAUCCAGAAGUAUUCUUCCAAAGAUCCCAAGCUAAUACUUGCGGUCCCUGCAUCUCUCUCACAUGGACCUUCCCGACACCUGUUCUGCGAUUUCGCUGCAGUCCCCGAUAAUGUAGUGCUACUGACUGGACGAGGAGAAGAAGGGACGCUAGGCCAUAUCCUCUUCAACAAAUGGAACGACUCCCAACGGCCGGAUGAUAAAUGGGACAAGGGCAAGAUCGGCAGCAAUAUCAUGAUGGAUGGCGCCCUUAAGUUGCAGAUCCACUCAAAAGUCCCGCUGCAAGGUGUAGAACUAGAGGCCCAUCUGCAAAAAGAACGUGCCGCGAAGGAAAAAGAAGCUGCACAUCAAGCGGUUUUGGCGCGAAAUCAGCGGAUGCUUGAGGCUGAUGAAGACGACAGUGACUCGGAUUCCGAAGAUGAAGAUGAGGAUGAAGCUGAAGUUCGGAGAGCUCUUGGUGGGGAUUUAAUGGAUACAGACGAUGGCACCAUGGACAGGCGGCGGCGGAGCGACAAGGGAAUGGAUGGUGAUUGGAAUAUCGACGGGGGAGAUGAAGGCCUCACAAAACAAAUGUUAUCAUUCGAUAUCUAUUUGAAGGGCAAUGUCUCAAAAGCUACCUCCUUUUUCAAAACUGUUGGAGGACAAGCACAGCGAUUCCGGACAUUUCCCUAUGUGGAGAAAAAACGGAAAGUCGAUGAGUAUGGUGAACUUAUUGAUGUAGGCAUGUGGUUGAGAAAAGGAAAGGUGCUGGAGGAGGAAGCUGAGAGCGAUGAACUGAAGGACUAUCGAAGGCGGCAGGCAGAAGAGGAUGCCAAAAAAGCACACCUGGAGCCUCCGUCCAAGUUUGUUUCAUCGGAGGUCGAGGUUCAGAUGGCUUGUCGGUUGUUGUUCGUAGACAUGGAGGGUCUCAACGACGGUCGUGCUGUAAAGACAAUCGUCCCCAAAGUAGAUCCGCGGAAACUGAUCAUUGUCCACGCGUCAGAAAAGGACACAGAGGCUCUGCAAGAAAGUUGCGCCAAUAUUCGAACUAUGACAAAAGACAUUUUCGCUCCUCCAGCGUUCUCGAGCGUUAAGAUCGGGCACCAAAUCAACAGUUUCUCGAUUUCAAUAAGCGAUGAGUUGUUGGCAUCUCUGAGAAUGUCACGCUUCGAGGACAAUGAGGUUGGCUUUAUCACUGGCCGGGUCGUCACCCAUGCCACGUCCACGAUACCUACGUUGGAAACUAUAUCCGCAUCAUCAAGGCCUGCACCUAGCCAAGAUUCGUCUGCGCCUACUGGACCUCGUAUCCUUGGAUCUAGACCAAGUGUACCUCUACCUAGUUCAACCAUGAUCGGGGAGCUCAAGCUGACAUCAUUGAAACGUCGGUUGACAGAGGUCGGUGUUCAGGCGGAGUUGAUAGGUGAAGGUGUCUUGAUCUGCAGCAAAAGUGGUUCCUCUGAUAUGUUGGAGGAAUCUGUUGCUGUGCGCAAAACACAACAAGGUAAGGUGGAGUUGGAGGGUGGUGUGUCAGACAUAUAUUACACUGUUCGCAAGGAGAUCUAUGACAUGCACGCACUCGUCGCUGCUUGACUUAAUGUGUUACUGUGUCCUUUACAUUAUUAUGUA